AAUUGCGAAAGUUGAUCCCCAUCUCAUGGGACAAUCAACACCCCAAUAAACCUAGCGAUUCCCUUCUAUAACCGACUACAGCAAUGGCUGGAGUUUCGGAUAAGGCGCGCUUCCACCUCGAGCGUGCAGCCCCUGAGCUGCGCGAAUUCGAAGAAAAGGAAAUCUUCACCAAGGAUGAGAUCCGCUCCCUCGUAACCAAGCGCUCCGACUACGAACACCUGAUCCUCUCGCCCGGCACCAAACCAACCGACUUCCUCUCGUACGUCGCAUGGGAGCGGUCGCUCGACCGGCUGCGGGCGAAGCGCAGCCGGCGGCUCAACCUGCAGCGAUCCUCGACGUCGCGGGCCAGCCACGCGCGCACGUUCGGCAUCUUUGAGCGCGCCGUGCUCAAGCACCCGGGCUGCGUGCCGCUCUGGCGCGCCUACCUCGACUUCGCCGCCCACGAGGCCGCCGCCGCCAAGCGCUGGCGCCGCAUCUGCACCCGCGCCCUCCGCCUCCACCCCACCGACGCCGGCCUCUGGGCCCUCGCCGGCCGCCGCGCCGCCCAGGGCGGCGACAUGGAGCGCGCGCGCGCCCACUUCCUGCGCGGGUGUCGCUUCUGUACGGGCGAUGCGGCCCUGUGGGUGGAGUAUGCGCGCUGUGAGAUGGAGUGGCUGGCGAGGGUGGAGGCGAAGAAGGCCGGGAAGGGGGUCAGGAAAGGGGUGAAUGUUAUGGAGGCGGUCAAGGCGACCGAGGCGGUGCAGGAAGGGGAUAUUAUGCUGUUUGACGACGAGGAUGAGGAUGACAGUGGGGACGAAGGGGGGCUGCUGCUCCCGGACCCGGAUGCACAGGGAGGGAAGAUGGCGAAGGCCGAGGUUUUCGACGAGGAGGCGACCAAGAAGAUGGAGCAGAGCCCUGCGCUGAGCGGCGCCAUACCUAUCGCCAUUUUUGGCAUUGCCAAGAAGCAGCCCUUCUUUGGGCCUGCCGCGGCCGAGACGUUUUUCGACGCCUUCGCCGGGUUUGGCAACGUCUCAUCGCAGGGGAAGAUUGUCCAGCAUGUUCUUGACACGAUGGUCGAGUUGUUUCCUAACCACCCAUGCACAUGCAGCUGCCAGAUCCGUCAGCCGCUGGUUGGGGUGGACGUCCGGACCGCUGCAUUCCCCAAGGCGUUGCGCGAGUCGUUGGCGAGGCUGAAGAGUGGCAUGGAGAAGACCCAAGACAAGAAGGAGCUGGCAAGCAAGGUCGUUGCUUGGAUGGACGUUAUCCUGGCAACCGAAGGUCUGGACGCAGCCGUCAAGACGGUGCUGGAGCACACGAAGCGGUCGCUGGAGGAGUCCACAUGUUGAUACCCAUAUUUCCAGCGCAGUAUAUUACAACA